UUAAAAUUAUUGGAAAACAAAAAAAUAAAGCCAUUUGUUAAGCUUGUGCAUAGGCGAUUAAUUAAUUCUAAUUCUGCCAAACAAUAUAAGACUGGCGAAAACAAGUUAUAAAACAUAGCUCAACAAGCAAAAUAAAGAAGAAUUAUUUCGCGCACAUUUCUUAAUGGAUAUAUCACAAGAAUUAAAUAAUAGUGCGGAACUUGAAUUGGAAAAUCAACAAGAACAGCGUGUACUUCAUAUGGAUGAGCUAACUGCUAAAAUCGACAAAGUACUCACGCACCAGCAUGAACUAAUAGCAUUGGUUAGAAAAGCGUCUAAACAAAAUAUAUUCCUACCUAUAGUCAAAAAAGAAGAAUUGGGUCCUUUUAAGCACGAUAUAUCCAGCAAUGCAGCAGCGCAUUUGCCAGCUUUGAAAUGUCUACUCGAACGCAAAAGUAUGCAUCAGUUUUAGCGCCAUAAUAUUUUCAAAACAAACAAAACUCGAAAUGAUCUCGGAACUUCUGUUGGAUGAGUGCUUCAUACUAUUUUACUUGUAAUUGCCAGUUUUCCUUUCCAGAUGCAACAAAAUGCAACGGUUAUACAAAUUCCGUUGAUAGACAGGCUGUGUUCAGCAAUGAUGGGUUAAAUAAAAAUUCCUUUCAUAAUUUUUUUUGUGAGACAAUAACA